UCACCGACUAUUUUCCACUAGAGGCACACUCUUUUGAGGGGUGGAAUUCUUGAUUCUUCAUGCAGUCAUGGAUCUGGAUAAAUCAUCUGUCUGGGGGUCAUUAAAACAGCGGACCAGACCAUUGUUAAUCAACCUGAGCAAGAAGAAAGCCAAAAAGAACCCAAGCAAACCCUUGGAUUUAAGGGUGCAGCAUCACUUGGACAGGCGCCUCAGCCUCUCUGUGCCUGACCUCCUGGAAGCAGAGGCCUUGGACCCUGAGGGCCGGCCUUACUCAGGGCCCCAGUCAUCCUAUACCUCAGUACCCAAUAGCCUGUCCACAGCAGGCAUCGUCCCCAAGAGCAGCAGCAGUUCCCUGAAGCAGUCUGAGGAAGAACUGGACUGGAGCCAGGAGGAAGCAAGCCAUAUCCAUGGGGUGGACACCGACUCUGAGGAGAUCUAUGCCUCUUCUGCGGAAGAGAGGCUGGCAUCCAGCCAAAGUGGCUUGGAUCUGCACAAACAUCCCCUUGGAGGGGAUGCUCCUGAGGAGCCAGAGAAGUCACGUGGCAAUGACGAUCUGAAUGCUUCUAUGACAUCUCAGCAUUUUGAAGAUUCUGUGAGUGAUACACUUGGAGAAGCUGAUGAUUGCUUGAGUCACCUUCCCAGCCCCUUUGCAUACCUCCUCACCAUUCACCUGAAGGAAGGCCGCAACCUUGUGGUCCGGGAUCGCUGCGGCACAAGUGAUCCGUAUGUGAAAUUUAAGCUCAACGGGAAGACGCUGUACAAAAGUAAAGUCAUAUAUAAGAACUUGAACCCGAUUUGGGAUGAGAUAGUUGUGUUGCCGAUACACAGCCUUGACCAAAAGCUUCGUGUGAAGGUGUACGAUCGAGACUUAACCACAUCUGACUUCAUGGGUUCUGCCUUUGUCAUUCUCAGGGAUCUUGAACUUAACAGGACUACUGAACAUAUAUUAAAAUUGGAAGAUCCAAACAGUUUAGAAGAUGACAUGGGAGUGAUUGUGCUAAAUCUGAACCUAGUUGUAAAACAGGGUGAUUUCAAGAGGCAUCGUUGGUCAAAUCGGAAGCGGUUAAGUGCCAGCAAGUCCUCUUUGAUCCGCAACCUACGGCUCUCAGAGUCCCUGAGAAAGAACCAACUCUGGAAUGGAAUUAUAAGUAUAACUCUGUUGGAAGGGAAGAAUGUCUCAGGAGGGAACAUGUCAGAGAUGUUUGUCCAGUUAAAACUGGGAGAUCAGAGAUACAAAAGCAAGACACUGUGUAAGAGUGCAAACCCGCAAUGGCAGGAACAGUUUGACUUUCACUACUUCUCUGACAGGAUGGGCAUUUUGGACAUUGAAGUGUGGGGAAAGGACAGCAAAAAACACGAGGAGCGACUGGGCACGUGUAAAGUGGAUAUCUCAGCACUGCCGCUGAAGCAAGACAACUGCUUGGAGCUACCUCUGGAGAGCUGCCUAGGGGCUCUCAUCAUGUUGAUCACUGUGACUCCCUGUAUUGGAGUCUCCAUCUCUGACCUCUGUGUCUGCCCCUUAGAGGAUCCCAGCGAACGAAAGCAGAUUUCCCAGAGAUAUGCCUUCCAGAACUCACUGAAGGAUGUGAAGGACAUUGGCAUUCUACAGGUGAAGGUUCUGAAGGCUGCAGACCUCUUGGCAGCUGAUUUCUCAGGGAAGAGCGAUCCUUUCUGCCUGUUGGAGUUGGGUAACGACCGACUUCAGACACACACCAUUUACAAAAGCCUCAACCCUGAGUGGAACAAAGUUUUUACAUUCCCUAUUAAAGACAUCCAUGAUGUUCUGGAAGUGACAGUGUUUGAUGAAGAUGGAGAUAAAGCUCCAGAUUUUCUUGGAAAAGUUGCCAUCCCCUUGCUGUCUAUUAGAGAUGGACAACCAAAUUGCUAUGUGUUGAAGAAUAAAGAUUUGGAACAAGCUUUUAAAGGGCUUAUUUACUUAGAGAUGGAGCUCAUAUAUAAUCCAGUUAAAGCAAGUAUCAGGACCUUCACUCCCAAAGAGAAGCGCUUUGUGGAAGAUAGUCGCAAGCUGUCCAAAAAGAUCUUAUCAAGAGAUGCAGACAGAGUGAAAAGACUCACUAUGGCAGUAUGGAAUACAAUACAAUUCUUCAAAAGCUGCUUUCAGUGGGAAUCCACAUUGAGAAGUUCAAUAGCAUUUGUGGUGUUUUUGGUCACUGUCUGGAAUUUUGAACUCUACAUGAUCCCUCUGGCAUUGUUGCUUAUCUUUCUGUACAACUUUCUCAGGCCCACAAGAGGGAAGGCCAGCAGCACCCAGGACAGCCAGGAGAGCACAGACAUAGACGAGGAAGAGGAGGAGGAAGAGAAGGAAUCUGAGAAAAAGGGAUUAAUCGAGAGAAUCUAUAUGGUACAGGAUAUUGUUUCUACUGUCCAGAACAUCUUGGAGGAAGUCGCUUCUUUUGGAGAAAGGAUUAAGAACAUGUUUAACUGGACGGUCCCCUUCCUUUCGCUGCUGGCCUGUUUGAUUCUGGCCAUUGCCACUGUGGUUUUGUAUUUCAUCCCUCUCCGGUAUAUUGUUCUUCUCUGGGGCAUAAAUAAAUUUACUAAGAAGCUUCGAAAUCCUUAUUCCAUCGACAAUAACGAGCUCCUGGACUUUCUCUCCAGGGUGCCCUCGGAUGUUCAGAAGGUGCAGUAUGCAGAGCUGAAGCUCUGCAGCAGCCACAGCCCACUUCGGAAGAAGCGGAACACUGUCUAGGGAUCACACUGACUGAGGACCACAGCAUCCUAUGUGUAGCUGAUCAGACCUCUGUCCUGGCUGCUCCAGUGGUACUGACGUGUGCUGAAAUGGGUGCUCUGUGCAGCCCUCAUCAUUCUCCACUGACUGCACAUAUACAGAUGUACACACACCUGCACACAAGUCUCCAAGCAUGAAUAUCCCUGAUGCCUAGACAUUUAACCCAGCAAAAGGCAUCAAGUCUGAGACCGUGAGAGUCUCUCAUCCAUUUGUCGGUAGGACAUUAAAACCAGGUGUCCGUGUAUCUGAACACUAUCCUUGAGAACAGCCAAACCACUUGAUUCCAGGAUCAUGCUAAACUUAUUUCAGUACCGUCAGCAGAAUUUCACUAAGAUUCAGUAAUUUCCAUCUGGAGCUGGUGGCUCACAUGUGUAAUCCCAGCAAUGAAGAGGCCAAAGCAGGACAGUCACAAGCUCAGUGCCAUCUCAGGAGCUGUAUCAUGUCAGCCUCUGCUCCAUUGCAAAGCUCUGUCAUAAAAUGCAGUCAUCAACAGAGGUGCAGUUAUUUCCAGUCUCAAUCCCGCCAUUCAUUGCAGAAUAUUUUGUCAACAUCUAUAUCCAUCCAGAUAAUGUACAUUAGAAAAUGAAUAUUUAAUGACUUCCAGAAUUAAUACAAAUAGUUUGGAAUCAAACUGUGAUUACUCAAGACAUGUUUGUUUUUGGUGACAUGUUAGCAUUGGAUGCCAGUUUGUAUUGUAUCUCAGCUGUUGUUGACAAGGGGUGUCAUUGAAGGUCCCAAGGAGUCACUCAUUUGAAGAGGAGGGAUUUCAUGAUAGUAUUUCAUUGCUGUAAAAUGUUAUUUCUUCCAAUUUCACAUUUUGUUUAUUACCAAAAUGAGAUGUCGAUAUACAUCCUCAGAGAAAUGGUGGGAUGAGAGGAGACUGGCUAAUAAUAUCAGAAAGUACUUGGGAAUAUAAAAGUAUGAAGGGUCUUAGUUACAGCCUCUUGGUGAAAUAUAAUUGUUCUAGUUACCUGAUGUUGUGAGCAGACAGUUAAAAUGGCUUUGUUUGUACAAAUUUGUCUUUUGUCUUUCUGAGAGUCAAAAUAAGAUGUAAAUAAUAAAAGCUUAAUUCAAAGCCUUGUUCAUACAAAACAA